AAAAAAAAAAAAAAGGAAGCCAGUCUUACACGUUGUAAGUUGCCAGCCACUUGACUUGGUCAGUACCUUCUCACUCACUCUGAAUCAAACUGAAAACCUGAAAUUUCAUUUAGCAGAGAAUUUUCCCAGCAGAAAAAGAAAAACCCAAUUCGGUUCUCAGACUGGCAGAAUAAGAAUCAAAUGAAAAAAAUAAAGAUAGAACUUGGAUAUUCAUAGCCUAAAAACAAUCAUGUCAUAAUAAAUUGUUUUAGUGGUAAAAUCGGCAUUUCUGCCACUUCAUAUCUCAACAAUGGUAUUUGUUAAUUGAUGUGAUGUUACAUAUGCACAUAAAUUUUCAGGGUCCUAGAACUGCAUAGCUAAUGGUUUGAACAAUAUUUAUUUAAAAAUGAAAUGGGAUUGGUCAAAAUAACAAUCAUAAAUAAGAAAGUACAGCAAUCCUGAAGAUAAGUACAAUUUUAAUGUAACAGAAAUUUGAAACAAUACAUUAUCAUAAUUACAAUAUAUUAAAUUAGCCCAGCAUGAUCUGUUUGUGAGGGUAAUAUAGUUAUGUACAGUUUCAAUAAUUUAAUAUUAAUAUCAUCUUGUAGAUUAGUAUUUCCAAAACAGCAUAGUCUUGAUAUUGAAAAGCACUUGGCAUGAAAAUAACAUGUUGAUCUAAUGUCACAAUAAUUCAAAUACUUGAAUAAAUAAUGAAGAUUAUCUUUGUUGUCAUGAUCACAACUGCAAAUAGGAUCAUCAUGAAUAAAUCUGAAAAUCUGUGUUCCUUUAAAGCACUCCAGCCCAAUCAGACUUUAUCCAAGCUAUGAUGUUUUCCUUCCUCAGCCUAUGAUCAUCGUCAAAUUUAUAUUUGCGUUAUUAGUAUCUAAACUAAUGGAACAACAUGACGACAGCAAAAGGAAGAAUGCUUACAAGAGGAGUGAAGCGAUCAGUGUUGAAUAAUCCAGACCAAGUUCAGCUACUUGAUAGAGACACCCAGGAACAACUUCUGAAAAUAACCAAGUUGAACACCCCAGCUUCUCAGAAAAGCUUAUUGACUUCAAGUCAGUCGUCUCACUCCAAAAUCUCCCGGAAAUCUGGGAGCACCGCUGAGCUCAAACAAGAGCUUGAGUCGAUGCUAUGGGUCCAGUGUGACAAUCCUGACUGCUACAAGUGGAGAAGAGUGACAGUGUCGGAGCUGGAAGGUGUCACGGAGAACACCCCUUGGUUUUGCUACAUGAAUCACAACAGAGACUUUGCAGUUUGUGAAGUGCCUGAAGAAGACACUGAAUGGUAUGACAAGGCAGCCAAGAGAGUUGGGCUAUGCUAUGUCAAGUCACCAAUAGCAGAGGGUUCACUUGUCUGGGCCAAGAUGACUGGCUAUUGCAAAUGGCCUGGAGUUAUCACCAAGGACCCCAGUAUCCAGCUUCACUGUCUGGUGGAUGCAGAUCACAAGCCAGGGUGGUAUCAUGUAGAGUUCCUGGGGAGAUGUCACACUCACAGCUGGAUCAGGGCUACCGGUGUCAAGCUGUACACGGUCAGGACACCGUCACCACGCACUGGGAAACAAGGUAGAGGUCGGUGUAGGGCUCGGAAAGGUAGAAGGAAUGCCCUCACCUCCUCCACCAGCAAACACCCACAGCGCAAGUGUUACAUGAAAGAUGUGUCUGUGGAGCAGGCAUGUAUGGAAGCCAGCAAGCUCCUGGCAGUCAGUAAUGAAGAGAGAAUCUCCAAGUGCACCUUCAUCAGUACGGCUAGUGUUUUCAUAGAGGAGGCUGAGCAUGCUGACAAAGUGGGUGUGGUCACCCCGAGGUUGAGGGAUGGUGCCAUAAAGGAAACCAACCAAACGAAGUCCUUUGUGAAGAACAGACAAAAUAACCAAAAGCAGAGUCAACAUAAACAAACUGUCAGUGCUGUGAAGGACAGUUUUGCUUUCCCUGACUCCCCAGUCUCAGCUAACGUGUGUGGUGGGCCUAGCUUAGCAAACCUAGAUAUAAAGUUCCCAGAUUCUCUUGUCAGCCAUUCCAAAGAGGAAAAACUAGUUCUUGAUGUACAGAUGUAUCAAAGAAAUGAGCGGGCAUUUGAACACGAUGUCCUGAGGUUCAUGAAGCGCAAUGAUAUUGCCUUCAGGGGUUUACCAAAAUGGCAGAAUACCUCCAUCAGCCUCUUCCAGCUGUUCCUGGCUGUUCAUGAGAGGGGUGGAUACGACCAGGUGUGUUCAACACGUGGUGGUUGGGUGCAAGUUUACAAGGAGCUGACAGAGUGUGCGAACAGUGGAGAAGUCGCCAAGCGAUACUAUAGGAGAAAUCUAUAUCCAUAUGAGUUGUUCAUCAGAGGAAAGGACUUUAGCAAAAUACUGCCAUCCAAACACAAACACUGUGAUAAGAAGACAAAAAACGUUGCCAAAGAAGCAAGUCUUGCGGAGUCUAUGCCCUUCAGAGACUCAAGCCUGAGACUGGAUGACAGUUGUGUUCGUGUGGACCCAGGAAGCAGCUCUGUCGGGUCCUUUGUGUCGGAGAAGUCUGUGGAUCUGAUGGAGAUGCUGGGAGACUUGGAGGCCAGCGGCAACCUGUGCUGUUUAGAGGAAGAUGUGUUGAUGAGUAAGACCAAACUUGGCAUUGACAUCACAUUCUUUGACGAAUCACCUCAACGGCCUGGUCGAUCAUCUCAGCACAUCAAAGUGGCAGACACUGCAUCAGAAUUUGGACAUGCUGCCAUUCCUAACUCCAAUGACGGAGCUCAAGAAGUGCCUGACAUAUCCAUCAGUAGUUCACAGAGCAGCCAUGAAGGGGACCAGUUGCUACAUGAGAUGCAGGCCUUGCAGGAGGGCAUCGACCUUGUCGCUGGGGAGAUGGACUUCUUAUAAAUUUACUGCUAUGCAUGAUCAUCCCAUGUAAAUGUCUUCAUCUUCAUCUUCCUCAUAUCAUAGUAGUCUGUGUUCAACUCAGGGAAUCAAAGUGUGUAAAGGGCCUCUAGUGUUUCUAUUCCAGAGAUGAUGGUUUUCAGGAGAAGGAAUAUGUCUUUUUGAAUUAUAUAAAUUAAAAUAAGACCAUGAUACAAGGGUUGAUUGAUAAGUUUUAAGCCUCACAUACAUAGAAUCUUACUCACAUGAUAAUCCAACUCUGUUUGAAGCUGAUCCAGAAAGGUUCUUACAACUAUUUGUGACGAUGGAUGAAACCUGGGGUUCACCACUUCAGUCCAAACAACAACCUGCAAGUACUUGAUCACUGCACGUUCCUCAAGUUUGUCCAUUUUCCAAAGGUCACAGAUCCCUUCUUAUUUAACUGACUUCUGACAGCAAACCAGCUACUCAGGUUUUUGUCAGUAUACUUGAAUGACAUCAUGCAAUGUCCGCAACAAAAGAUUUUACUAUUGUGCAAUUCCUUCUGUGUCAGGCUCAGAACUUAUCAAUCAACACUGAUAAAUUUAUUAUCAGAUUUUGUCAUAAAAUUUCAUCAAUGUGAGUUUGGAAGCAUUUCACUUUCUGUAUUUUAUAUAUUUCAAACAAACUGACAUUUUGUAGAUUACUUGUUGAGGGAUGUGAAUCAGAUAAUACCUUGUGGGUUUGGCUUGGGAGAAUGAACUGUUAGGGAUCCUGAUAGUCAGUUUGUCUGAAAUUUGCUUUGAUGUUACUUAAUUGCUGAAGGAAAACACUUGUUUUUCUAUAUCCUGGAACCAGGUGUGUUAUCAUAGUAGCUGCUAGAAAAAAUUAAUUGUUGAACAAUAAUCACUUUGCUAUGUAACACUAAAUGGUCUGUCUUAGUUGACAUGAGAAACACCUUGUAUGAAGCAUUUAGUAAGCUUGGCUCAGCACUUAUAGGCAUUUCAUACACUAUGAAAUUAAUUCUGGUAUUUAUUCUAUGUUUAGAAACUCAAGUCAAUACUAUAAAUCAUCCAUCUUCCCUAGGUAAAGGAGACUAUAAAAGUCCAGUUUUCACCAUUGCUGAACUAGGCUGGAAUUAUGGGGUUAUAUUUUGGCUGGACUAAAGAGCCUAUGCUUAAUCCAAUCAAAAUUGCGUAACAAAAUCAACACCCGGUUCAUAAACACGGCAAUUGCCAUGCAGAUUGAGUUUGAUUGCAGGAUUAACAGAGCAUGUGUACUGCCAACUUGUUGCUGUCAUUUUGUUUGAAGCAAAUGCAUGUGAUAUGAGAGAUGGAAUCGGAGGAACAAUAGAAGGAACAUAGAUGGGGACAGAACUCGUAAUAGUCACUGGUUGCACUACGAUCGAGCCACAAAAUUCCAGCCUAGUUUGGCAAGAGUGGUAACUGGACUUUUUGUAGUCAGUCAACUCCCUUGCCCCGAGAAGAUGUGAAUGAUUAGACUUGACAUGGACCUGACCUCUUCUAGGCCAAUGGAUAUGGUAGAAACCUGAUAAUAAUAUAAUU